AUGGAACCAAUUCGUCGUCGUCGAAGACCAGCUGUGGCUUGUACAUUAUGUCGCAAACGCAAGAUGCGCUGCAACCGGGGAUCUCCGUGCAGCAAUUGUACCCGCUCAAGACGAGGUGAAUGCGUUUAUGAGAAUCAUCACCCAGCACCUCCUCAGCCAACUCAAGACAACAGACGAGACCUAGCACCUCGCAAUAGUGACGAUUUUCCAGCAUUAUCGUUGCCAACACCUGAGGAUCAAUCCAUUGUUUCGGUUCUCGGUCAACCAGCUGUACUCGUGGGCUUCUCCCCCACAGCAUCAACACCACACUCAGAUCUGCCAGAACUAGAAGCGCUAAAGAACAAGGUCAAGUUGCUUGAAGACCAGUUAUCAAAAUCUACCGCAGCGUCUUCUCAUCCGCAAGCUUCAUCGCCUAAUUUUGAGACGACAUCAACCCAAUUAGGCGGAACUUUUCAUCUUCAUUCUCAAAGUCAACCGGGUGGCCGGUUGGCGAUACCUCGUGCUAUUUCUCACAAGACAAGACUUUUUGGGCAGAGUCAUUUCGUCACUGGGUUACCUUUGCUUCGAGACAUACUGGAAAUUAUCGACAAAAAUACAAACGAGGCUUCGGAUCUUAUCAAAGAGUAUCAAAAGUGCAAAACUUUAGGUAAACGUAUAAAGAAGCUGCGCACUCCCCAAUGGCCGACACUACUUACCACGCAUCUCGUUUCUCGAGUUGUUUCGGAUAAUCUUGUUGAGUGUUACCUCGGCACGAUAGAGAAGCUUCAUCGUAUUUUGCACAUCCCAACGUUCCAAAAGAAUUACAAUGCCAUGUGGGAGUCCGACAACGAACCAGACCGAGAUUUCCUCGUCCAACUGAGGCUGGUGCAUGCCUUGGGUGCAACGACAUACGAUGAGAACUUCUCUCUUCGGUCAUCAGCUAUUCAGUGGAUAUACGAGGCACAGACAUGGAUCUCUGAGCCAGAGUUCAAGUCUAGGCUUGGAAUCGAAUUCCUACAAACGAAUAUCUUAUUACUUCUUGCAAGAGAAAUUGUGGCCGUUGGUGGCGAAACACUUUGGAUCGCAUGUGGCUCGCUCCUAAGGACCGCUAUGUCGAUGGGCCUACACCGAGACCCAACACAUCUCCCUCAAACUCCGACGUUUGCUUGCGAGAUGCGGAGAAGAAUCUGGAAUACCAUAAUUGAGUUGUGUUUGCAAUCAAGUAUGACAUCUGGAGGACCGCCGAUGGUUUCAACAGAGGAUUUUGAUACAGAACCUCCUGGAAAUUUUGAUGACGAACAAAUCAUGGCUGAGAAUCCUACGUCGAGGCCUGACAACGUCUUCACUCAAAUAUCGACCGCGAGAGCAAUGCGAAAGACGUAUCCAUCUCGUCUUAAAGUAGCCAAGCUGCUCAACGAUCUUCGACAGGGCGACUCUUACCAAGAAACUUUGCGCCUGGACUCCGAGCUCAAGGCCUCGUACAAAGAGGCAAUUCACACUCUCCAAAACUCCAAGAAAGAUGGACUCUCACCCACACAGUUCGAGCUGUCCACGAUGGAUUUUAUCAUACGUCGCUUUCUGGGCGCUCUACACUUUCCCUUCUUCGGGCUAUCUCUGAUAGAGCCGAGUUACGCUUUCUCGAGAAAGAUGGUCGUCGAGACUGCCUUCCGGUCAUGGUCAAUUGCACGUGGUACAGGAAAUGAUAAUGUCGAAUUCGCGCAAUUCGUCGUCUGCAGCUCUGGCUUCUUCCGAACUUCGACGUGGCUAGCCAGUGUAAUUCUUCUACUCGAUCUCAGAAACCAGGUACAAGAAGAAGACACCUUCUCAUCAACACCAGUCCAGGCCGACGUGUUCAACAUGAUGCAAGACUCUAGACCGUGGACGUUACAGUGUAUUCAGGCAGGCGAGACGAACAUCAAGGGCCACCUCAUAACCUCAUUGGUAUUAGAACAAAUCAAGGCUACUAUGAAUCGUGCGUCAAAAGAGGAAUUGGCCCAAAACAUGAUGCGGGCGGGGGUGGAGGUAACAAGGGAGGCUUUGGGCGUGUUUGAGUCGUCUAUCGCGCAGCUUGAGCCUGAUGGUGGUGAGCUCCAGUCACUGAGUGACCCUUCGAUCGAUUUCGGAGAGGAUUGGAACUUGAUGCUUACUGAUGGGUUUCUCAAUGGUGGAGCGGCUGAUCCUAUGACAUGGAUAUUCUAG